GGUGGAUUCUGUAUGUGAAGAAGGACAGAGCAGUGACAGACGCUUCAAGGAAUCCAUUUUCGUGUAGCAUAUAUUUUUCGGUCGGGUGCAGUGAGAAAACGGCAAUAAAAACAAACUAAAACUGGUUCAACUGUUUCUUCGGGAACACAAAACGCUAAUUUCUCGUCCGGUGCACAAUUUUUGUAAUUUUAACUUAAAAUUUAAUAGUGCUUAGCUGAUUUUUUUUUCUAUUCAUCGAUUUUUCUCCGUCUUACUUUCGAUUGGGGGUACUGCAUUGUGUUAUGGUUGGUGUGUCGUCAAAGGAUAAACCAUUUCCGAACAUGUCCCGCAGUGUACGAGCCGAAACGCGUGCCAGUAAGAAAGAUGAUGUCAAAAAAUUUAUGCUCUCGAUGGACCGUGUUCGUCGUUGGGAGAAGAAGUGGGUCACGAUCGGUGAAACCUCGAUGAAAAUCUUCAAGUGGGUCCCAAUUUCCAGCAAGGAAAACAAAAAGGGCGCUGGUUUGCUGAAAGGUGCAACGGGGGUGAGCAGUGGUGGUGUAAAUGGACUAAAUACAUCGGUCAGCAAUGCAGCCACGGUCAAUAGUAAUAGUAAUAGCAACAGUAGCGAAAACAAGGAGAACAGCAGAAAACCAGGAACGGAUUCGAAUUCGAACUCGAAUUUCGCGCUGACCACUGAAGAUUCUAAUACCUGUUUCUCACUUGUAAGCGAUUCUCAGGGUGCGACAGAGUUCGUGUCGAAUAUGCCCUUCUCCGAGGACUCGAACUCACAAGGCUCGGAUAGUGUACCGAAGCGGCUGAAGAGUGAUUAGAUACGGAAUUUUCAUCUAUGGAUUCGAACCUUUGACGUCAUGUGGUCUGGAACAUGAUUCACUGAUCCCAACUCUAUUAUGCGUAAGUUAGUACUUUUGUUUUGGUACCCGAGCAUCAUCUGAAUGUGAAGAAAAAAAUUGAUUUGUACAAACGUGGCUACGAAGAUGCAUAAAGUCUUAGAGAUAGGAUUAGGUGUUCUAUAUGUUUCGAGUGGAGUGAGAGUAACACAGCACUGAAGAUUGGGAUACAGUUUCUAGUAUGACAGUUGGCUUGACAGUUAUCCACUGUUACUGCGUCUAUCUUUAUCGUUGACCUCUCGAAAAAUAUACAAAAUGUAAAUUAUUUAUUUCCACAGUCACACUUUUCACUAAUUCGACAAGUUCAGUAAAUGUUACAUGAGUCACGUAUACAUAUAUAUAUCAACACAGCAGUAUCGGUAGGUUCUGUCUAGUUUUAUCGUACAGCUCGCGCUUAGUCGCUUCAUACAAGGGCUGCCACGCGUUGCUCUUCGAGUUUAGAUUUUUAGCUGCAUUUUCCGUAUAUUUUAGAACAAACUUUAGAAAUCUGCAGAAUGGAGGAAAAACGGCAGAUAUAAGAUACAUAUAAUGAGGAAAAUCACCAAA